AUGGAGCCCGAGGACGAAAAGAAAAAAAAGCUGAACGAUGAUGUGGUGGUGUUUAUGCGCAAGCGCAGCGAGACUGAAACUCCGCGCUACACUGCCCGCCUGAAAACUUACGUCGAUAUACAACAAAAGCACCGACGGGCAGCUGCAGCACGCCGUCACACUGCUGGCUAUAAGCCAUACAAGGCCUCUACUAAGAAGGAAGACCAGAAACUUCCUACUGAUACUGCGGAACACGGAAAUGAUGACGACCGGAUGAGCAGAAGAAUGGGGGGCCGUACAACCGAGAAGCCCAUGCGAAUGCAUUCAUUCUCGAGAUCUGAAUCUGGACCAUCCGACCGCUGCGGAAAGCGACGUCGUCGACGUUCGCGUUGCCGUCGCCGCCGCCGUCGCUGUGGUGGUCGUCGUCGUCGCCGCCGCCGCAGUUGCCGACGCCGUCGCCGGCGCCGAAGCUGCCGACGUCGUCGUCGCCGAAGUUGCGGCCGUCGUCGUCGUAGGCGUCGUAGUUGCCGCCGCCGCCGCCGCCGUAGUUGCCGCCGCUAG